AUGCUCCCAAAGGACACCCUCGCGCCCGAGGGAAGGGACGCCGAGAUUCCACCUCGGCAUCGCUUUAAGAUAUUGGUUCCUGAUGGCAAUCGCCGCAACAACCAGAUCGCUCCCUCUGCGCAAUCCGCCCGAGCUCAGACUGAUACGUUGAGCAUGCAGGGCAUGGGCGCUUUAUACAGACAACAGUGGAUAUGUCCCCGGAGGCGACUCCGACCCUGCUCCGCCAAAGGGGUGAAACCCCACGACAUACGCAGGGCUAAAAUAUUUAGCUACAAGCGACGAGAGGAGAUCCCUCACCAUAUGACCCAUCGCCAGCAUUGCCCUCAAAGGGGUCGAAGGGUCCCAGAGAUUAUUCCUGUACAGCCUGCAACCCCAGAUCAGCCCGAGGACAGGGCAGCGGCUUCCAAGGAUGAGCAUCGGAGGCUUGAGAGACGCCCAAGGGCAGGAAAUAAAAACCACUAUCGCCGGCCCGAACGGGCUCAAGGGUAUAUUAAGCUCGAGUCGGAUCCCGACUCGGAGACUGAACCCGAGGACAAUUCAACCGCAAUACGCGUAAAGGCACGGCCCAAACGAUACUAUCAUCAGCCAAGACAAAUCUCCAGGACACGCGCCCGCAAAAUCGUUUCGAUCCAGGAGCACAAAGGGCCAUCGCCCUCAGCCCAUGCAGUCGGGAAGGAGCCGGAAAGCCAAUUGAAGCUCAAGUCGCAACACGACUCGGGGACUAGAUCCAAAAAUAGUCUACGCGAUCGAAAGCGACGACAGAUAAAAGGUACAAAAAGAAUAAAGCUUUAA